AUGAUUAAUGUGGUUAUUAAACUAACUGUAUCACCUUCUGAAUUCUUGUGCCUGACCCCACUUCUGGAAUUCCCAGCUCUUCCCAUGGACUGUAAAGACCUUCGAAAAGAUGGCCACACUACUUCCGGCUUGUACGAGAUUUACCUCUAUGGGGCCAGGAAUUGUCCAAUCAGAGUUUACUGCGACAUGUUGACAAUGGGUGGAGGGUGGACGGUAAUACAGAAACGAGUAGAUGGGUCUUUGGACUUCAGAAGGAAUUGGGCAGAAUAUAAGAAUGGUUUCGGUACACCAGAACAGAACGUCUGGAUUGGAAAUGAUGUAAUCUAUAAGUUAGUAAAGGGAAAGAAAUCCUACCUCUAUGUAUCCAUCACAAUACUGAAUGGUACAAAACUGUAUGAAUUGUACGAGCGAUUCUCCAUUUCCUCUGAAGCAGCAAUGUAUCGACUCUUUUUGGCAGGAAACGCUACAGGAACCUUAGGUAACAGGAUGACAAACACGGGAUUACAUUACAUUGACCUGCACGGUAUGUAUUUCAGUACCCCCGACAGAGACAACGAUAACUGGAGCAGAGGAAGGUGUGGUAAUUUAGGCGGCUGGUGGUUUAACAUAUGCCACCAUGCCUUCCUCAACGGUCCCUGGGGUAAGGAUUACUGGAAAAAGCCCUGGAAUCCUCCCAUUAAGAAUGGAACGUCCGUAAAGGAAACGUUGAUGAUGUUAUUUUCAACGACAAAAAAUGUCAAUAAAACAACGUCAUCAAAGUACAAGUCUACUCCAGAAACCACAAACCUUGCCCGGGUAGCAAGACUAAUCCUUGGUCCAUGCACCGAUCUGCUGCGUGAUAUUCUCAAAAGAAACAUAGCGCCUUCCAAUUUAUCAAAAACUGUCAAAACUUGGGUUGAUGAUAUAAAAAAGAAGAAACAGAAUAGUUCUCUAAAUAAACAACAAAUUGCUCUCAUUUUUCCGCUGCCAACCAAACAUUAUGGCGGGGAUUAUUCAGAUUUUGACAUUAGUUUGCUUUAUAUUCUUCUACGUAACGUGUGUAAAAUACCUCCACACAAUAACGGAAGGGGAGAAGAACCCGAUCCAACGGAUAAUAGUGUAUCUGCCAACAUAGAAAGAAUCAGACUAACGAGAAACAAGUACUAUGGACAUGCAGCAGAUUUUUCUCUUUCAGAUUUAAACUUUAUAAAGGAAUGGCAAAACAUUUACAAUAUUGCCGUUGAGUUAGGACAACACAUUGGAACUUUGUCCGUUUAUAAAGAUGCUGUGAACAAUAUAAGAACAUGUUCCAUAGAUCCAGAAAUAGAGGCCAAAUAUAUUGAUAAACUUUUACUUAUCGAUGAAUUGUGCAAAACGGUUCAAAGUCAUGCAGAUCUUCAUGAAAGACAAGUGAUAAAAUGGAGAGAAGAAGAUGAUGUUUACAGUGAAACUCACACUUUCCAAGUGAUGCUGAAUAAAGUCAGGAGACAACCUUAUAUGACAUUUGUUGGUGUACCGGGAUCUGGAAAAUCAGCAACGAUUCACCACAUAGCCCUGAUACUCCAGAAGGAAGGUUAUGAGGUUGUGCCAAUUAUAGACAUCAGUGAGAUUUGCCGUUAUUUUGACUCCCAUAAUCCUCAGGUUUUUGUCAUUGAUGAUGUGGUAGGUGUGUUGGGUCUUCAAAAACAAAAGUUGGAGACUUUAGUUGACUAUGAAAAAAUUAUUUCAGAUCUUUCCAGACAUACAAAGGUACUGAUGUCAUGCAGGGAAGCUGUAUUUAAUGAAUGCUACAAAUCUUUUUUCUCAAAUAAGGAAAAUGUAAUCAAAAUGUUAAGUUCAGACAAUGCAUUGAAUGAUGAUGACAAAAAAGAUAUUCUUCAGAAACAUGGCUUGGAUAAAGAUUUAUUGUCCUCUACAUUACUUAGAGAAGCAUCGCCAAUGUUUCCUUUGUUGUGUAAACUAUACUCAAAAGAGGAGAAAUUUAGAAACAAUGUUGAACGUUUUUUUACCUGUCCAGGUAGAUACAUUUCAGAGGAAUUUGACAAAAUGAAAGAACAAAAUAGAUUACAUUAUGCUACGUUGGUCUUAUGCCUGUUAAAUGACAAUAAAUUAUCAGAAGAAAUAAUACAAGACACAGAGAAUACAGUUUUCUGUGAAAUGAAAUCAAAAGCAUUAAAUAGUUGUAAAGUAAGAAGUUACACAGACGUUUUUGAAUUUGUUGAUGCAUUAUCAGUAAUGGAGGGGACAUAUACUAAACUCUGUGGUUCUGAGUAUACUUUUAUUCAUGACUCUGUGUUUGAAAUUAUUGCUCAUCAUUUUGGUUCUCAGUUCCCAAAUCUCAUUUUACAAUUCAUGAGUAGUAGUUAUAUUGCUAACUACGUAAAGCUUCAAAAAGAUGAAAUGCUUGAAUUAGAGAAUGAAAAUAAGCAAGAGAGUGAAAAUGUUGCAGUCAGUAGUGGGGAUAAAAAUGAAAUCAACACUGCUUGUGAAAGUUCACAAAACGAUGAGAAGGAGACUUUAAGUGCUAAAAACAGUGAUGGUGUGGAGUCAUUUGAUCUCUGUAUAAGGUUAGGGGAGGAUCAGUACUCUUUGUUAGCAGAGCGUUUGUACAGAGAUAUAGAAAAUAUGGAACUUUAUGAUGUUUUUAUGAAUAAUGUUUUAAAACACCCGAAGGUAUGUCAGGCUUUUAUUGAGGUGUUGAAGACAAAGUCCCAUACCGAGUUAAAGUCUUUAUUUCUGUCUGUACAGAAAGACGUGUCUAAGGUAGUGAGUACAGGAGAGCGUGUGAGGGAGGAAAGUAGAAAGAGGGAUAUAAGGAGCAGGGAGUGGUGCAGACAGAGAUUGUUAGUUAAUGAGAAUUUUAUAAAAGGAAGAACAUUCAGUGUGAGGGUAAUCAGUUGGGUGGUUUACUAUGGACACAAUCAGAUCCUACAAUAUAUUUUAAAAGAAACCGAGUGUGAACUAUUUUUGAGUACUUUUAAUCCUGAUUUAAACUAUUCAAAAAAACAUGGGGAAAUGAGCUUGGCAGCAAAUAAUUCAACAAAUUUAUGGUCAUUCAGCUUCUUUGACAUUGAUGGAUCUAUUUCUGAACAACAACGUUUAUUGCUGCUGAGUUGUUACAAUGGAAAUUUAGAAAUUGUAAGAAUAUUUAUUGAUUAUCUGAAAAGAAAUGCAAUUGACAUGUGGUCUCAAUAUUUGGAUUCUGAAAAAAUGACUGAUGAUACACCACUUAAAGCUGCAUGCGAGAGUGGACAUCUGAAUGUGGUAAAGGAACUGAUAGGGGCAGGGGCUGAUGUUAAUUCAUACGAAGAAUAUGGAACGCCAUUGACUCUUGCAUGUAAGUAUGGAUACAUGACGAUCGUAAAGGAGCUGCUCAGGGCAGGUGCUAAUAUUAAUCCACUAACUGAGUUCGAAACACCACUUACUUGCGCCUGUGAAAAUGGACAUAUGGAUUUAGUGAAGGAUCUGGUAGAGGCAGGUGCUUGUGUCAAUUACCAAGGUAAAUAUAAAACGCCACUGAUAGCAGCGUGUAGGGGUGGGCAUGUGAAUGUAGUGAAGGAGCUGCUAAGGGCAGGAGCCGAAGUUAAUCUAAACGGUGAGUUUGCUACACCACUGACAACUGCAUGUAAAUGUGGACAUAUAAAUUUAGUGAGGGAGCUGCUAGGGAAAGGGGCUGAUGUAAAUCCAGAAGGUGUAUUUGAUUCACCGCUGAUAGAAGCAUGUAGGGUUGGAUAUUUGGUUGAACUUUUCGGUAUAGAUGCAUCUAAGGGCGAAUAUGUGUGUAUAGUGAAGGAGUUACUUCGGGCAGGUGCUAAUGUGAAUCGAAAAGAUGAAUAUGAUACACCGUUAACAGCAGCAUGUAGGGGUGGACAUAUGAGUAUAGUGAAGGAGCUGCUCGGUGCCGGAGCUGAUGUUAAUCUACAAGGUAAAAAUGAUACUCCGUUGACAGCAGCAUGUAAUUUUGGAGAUGAAAGUAUAGUGAAGGAGUUAAUCGGGGCAGGGGCUGAUGUGAAUUUAGAAGUCGAUAAUGAUACACCAAUGACAGCAGCAUGUAAGGGUGGAUAUGAGAGUAUAGUGAAGGAGCUGCUAAGGGCAGGGGCUCAUGUUAAUUCACACAGUGAACUUAAUAAUCCGCUUACAGCAGCAAUUAAUGCAGCAGCUAAUGGUGAAGAUAUAAGUAUAAUGAUGGACCUGAUAAAAGCAGGGGCUAAUGUUAACAUAGAGGGUAUGUUUAAAACACCACUGAUUGGAGCAUGUGAGGGUGGACAUUUGAGCGCAGUGAAGCAGCUGCUAGACGCAGGAGCUGAUGUUAAUCUGAAAG